AUGUUUGUGGUUGCACAGGGUACGGCUUACCCAACUACAGCUAAGACCACAGUGCAUAAUCAGCCGGUGUUACCUAACCAUGUCAAAGUCAUGGUAGAUGAAGUGGUUAUUGGUGUAGAGGAUUGUCCUCUCCCCGUGCCAGUGUUGCAGUAUAAGACUUUGAAUGAUGUUGUUGGUACUUACACACAAUGGCCUAUUCAUUUAGUUCUGUUGGACGAGGCAAAUGUCAAAAUAAGGUCACCAAGACAAAAUAAGCCCAUAAAAGACCCAAGUGUUGAUCUAUCUGCUGCUGCUACUCGUAGACUUGGCCCAAUUGUAGGUGAAAAUGUGUUUAUGCUUUUGGGGAAAAACUGCAAGCGGCUAGUCAAGACCUUGACAUCAUUUCCUGGUGACAAGGAAUACCUUGAUGUGGAUUUGGACCCGACAGUCUUCCAUCAUGGAAAUGUCAAUGGUGUUUUUGUGAUGUUAGAGGACAUCAAGGAUUUGCUAACAAUGAAUUGGUUAGAUGUCUCGGUUAUACAAGUGUUUAUGAUGAAUCAUUGGUUGUUGAUCGUGAUUUGCAUCAACUUAAAAACGGUGUAUGUAUUUGAUCCUUUGAAAUGUGGACGCACUCUUGAAGUCAAACCUAGUAUGAAUAUGGCAUUUCGAUCCGUUCCAACAAAUGGAUGGGGUGUUAGAAGUAUGACUUGGAAGGAAUGCAAGUGUCUACAACAACCCGGAGGUUUUGAAUGUGGAUACAACACAAUGCGAUUCAUGUAUGAUAUCGUUACCAAGUGUUCAAUGCUUGAUCGUUUAGAUACGGCAUUGGAAGAUACCACAUACUCAAUGAAUGAAAUAGAAGAAGUUCGAGAGUUGUGGGCAAAAUAUUUUCUAGAAGAGUGCGUUUAG